AUGUCGGCCACCGAGCGAAAACUGCGCAGCCUAAAAGCCCGUCGGCGCAGUUUAUCAGCAUCCUUCCUCAACAUCAGCAGAUUCGUCGAUGGUUUCCAAGAACCCCGAGACACCGCAGAGGCACCAGUCCGACUAGAAGCAGUCGUCGAAAUCUGGUCCGAGUACGCGAAGGUCCAGUCUGAGUUGGAAACCCUGGACGAAACACCUGAAGCACUAGAUAAGUACCUCGAUCAAAAAACUGCCUUUGAAACAGCAUACUACAGGGUAAAGGGAUUCCUACUGCAAAAAUGCCCUCCACAAGCCACAGUACAAACACCAUCUCACUUCACACAGCCCCAUAACACGCAUGUUAAAUUACCCGAUGUGAAACUGCCCGUAUUUUGUGGAAAUGUUGAGAACUGGCUCAAUUUCCAUGAUUUGUUUAUUUCACUCGUCCACUCGUCGCAAGAAUUAUCUAGCAUUCAAAAGUUUUAUUACUUGCGCUCAUCACUAUCAGGAGAAGCACUAAAACUUGUUCAAACUAUCCCGAUAUCCGCCACUAAUUAUCCCGUUGCUUGGAAUUUGUUAUCACAACAUUACCAAAAUUCCCGUAUGCUAAAAAGAACUUAUGUUCAAGCACUUUUCGACUUCCCGAUAUUGCGCCGAGAAUCACAUAAUGAUUUACAUUCGUUGGUCGAAAAAUUCGAAGCCAACGUACGCAUUCUAAAGCAGCUAGGGGAAGCCACCGAACAUUGGGACCUUUUGUUGAUCCAUCUUCUCGCUAGCCGUUUAGAUCCCAUCACCCGUCGGGAUUGGGAAGAACAUUCGUCCGCUUCAGAAACCACUACUUUUAAAGAACUUACCGAUUUCAUCCAGCGCCGAGUAAAUGUUCUCGAACAAUUGUCGUCCAAGCCACCAAAUGAAUCCCAAUCCCAACCCCAAUCACAAUCACAUUAUCGUCGUCCCAAUAACACCCGUUCAGCCAACCACACUUCAUUCCCAGAGCCCAGAAUGCGAAAAUGUAUCGCUUGUCCCCAAGACCACAGCCUUUUCCAAUGCCCCAGUUUCACAAGAUUACCACUGAUUGAAAAAACUGCACUCGCGAAACGAAACCGGCUAUGUUUAAAUUGUUUCCGACGAGGACACUAUGCGCGCGAAUGUCCGUCGGAUAACUGCUGCAAAAAUUGCCGAUCCAGACAUCACACGCUUCUCUGCCCCAACACAUAUACCCACACCAAUUCAAACCCCGCUAGAACAAUCGCCAACACACCACCGGUCAGCGCCGAACAACAAUCGUCGUCAGCUCCAGCUCCUGCUCCGAGAAUCAACGUAGCUCACUCCGGGAUCACCAGCACCAGCACCAGUUGCCACUCACCAACCUUCGAUCGAUCCCGAGUACUUUUAGCCACGGCCGUUGUGGUGGUAGUCGAUGACGUAGGGAACCAACAUCUAGCUCGUGCCUUGCUGGAUUCUGGCAGCGAAUGUUGUUUUGCCACCAGUCGCUUGUACAACCUCAUGAAGGUCAGAAGAACCAAGGUUGAUGUUCCCAUAGCAGGAAUUGGCAGCUCAUCGACGAAGGUUAAAUUCCAAUUUCAUGCCAUCGUAAAAUCCCGCACAUCAGAUUACACAACAACACUUUCAUUCCUUAUUCUGCCAAAAGUUACUAUCGAUCUCCCAACUAUUGAUGUUAACAUUUCCCAAUGGCCCAUACCCAAAAAUCUACAAUUCGCUGAUCCCGACUUUUAUGAACGACACCCUAUUGAUCUCGUGCUGGGAGCAGAGAUAUUUUUCGAUAUUUUUUCACCCCCUGGGCAUAUCUACUUGGGUGAGUCGCUGCCGUCGGUAGUCAAUUCCGUAUUCGGAUGGGUCGUCUCGGGGAAAACAAAUUCCAAUGCAAUAAUCCCACAAACCAACCCCAAGAUUUGUCAUGUUGCCACACUUAAGCGGUUGGAAAAUCAAAUGCAAAAGUUUUGGUUGAUAGAUGAAAGCGCAUUCCCAUCAUCAUCUUAUUCCCCCGAAGAAAGCAAGUGCGAAGAAUUUUUCUCCCGCACCGUUAGUCGCAAUUCCGAGGGCCGCUACAUCGUUCGUUUGCCAGUGAAACGUGACGUCAUCAAUCAGCUGGGCGACAACUCCAAAACAGCUGUUCGUCGUUUCCAGUUGAUAGAGAAUCGACUGCAAAAGGAACCUUCGCUAGGAGAGCAAUACAGGGAGUUCAUGACGGAGUAUAUUCGGCUCGGUCACAUGGAACUAGUGACCGAGUGCGAGCAUACUACCAAACAGGCAUACUAUCUCCCUCACCAUCCCGUUAUCCGAGAUUGCAGCACUACGACCAAGGUCCGUGUCGUAUUCGAUGCGUCAAGCCGAUCUUCCACGGGUGUAUCGCUCAACAAUGCUCUGAUGGUGGGCCCCACAAUACAACAAGACUUGCGAGCGAUCGUGAUGCGCUCUCGAAUGUACCAGUUUGUUUUGAUUGCUGAUAUAGAAAAAAUGUAUCGGCAAAUUCUCGUGCACCCCGAUGACACCCCACUACAGAGAAUCUUCUGGCGCUCAUCUCCCGAUCAACCGAUACAGACGUACGAGCUCAAGACGGUGACGUAUGGCACAGCUUCGGCUCCUUUCCUGGCAACCCGAGUUCUCAAACAGCUGGCCAUCGAUGAGGCGGAGGGUUUCCCGAAGGCAGCGAGGGUCAUCAGAGAGGAUGUUUACAUGGACGAUAUCUUCUCCGGGGCACAGACGGUGGCAGAAGCAGUCGAGCUGCGAGACCAGCUGGUAGCGAUGUGCCUCAGGACUGGCUUUCCGCUGCAGAAAUGGGCUUCGAACGACGAAGCAAUCAUGAAUGGGAUUCCUGCUGAGCGACGGGCGCUUCAGCAGUCGAUUAGUUUUGAUCAAGACCAGACACUGAAAACUCUUGGGAUACAUUGGGAACCGGGCACUGAUAUUUUGAAAUUUCAAAUUGAUUUGAAAACUGCGACAGAUGCGAAACUAACUAAAAGGGCAACUCUUUCUUGCAUUGCGCAACUUUUCGACCCGUUGGGACUUGUGGGUCCAAUUUUGGUUACGGCAAAGGCUUUCAUGCAAAAACUCUGGACGUUAAAGAACGAAAAUGGGUCAAUUUGGGAUUGGGAUCAAGAAUUGCCCGACUACCUUAAACAUGAAUGGGCCAACUAUCAUACUCAACUCCCCCUGCUAAACGGUGUUCGGCUAGAGAGGUACGUUCUCCUGCGCAAGGCAGUCGAGAGUGAGUUACACAUUUUCUCGGACGCAUCCGAAACAGCGUAUGGUGCGUGCGCUUAUAUUCGAUCUGUUGAUAAUCAAGGCAAAAUUAAAGUGGUUCUCCUUACAUCUAAGUCGAGAAUCGCCCCCCUCAAGCAAGUUAGUAUUCCCCGCCUAGAGCUUUGUGGCGCUCUUCUGGCAGCCGAACUUUACGAGAAGAUUCGGCUAUCGAUAAAUAUUGAGAUGCGUGUUAAAUUUUGGACGGAUUCGACAGUGGUACUGAGUUGGCUGAGGGCUAUUCCAUCAACUUGGACCAACUUUGUGGCAAAUAGGGUUUCCAAAAUUCAGACUGCGACGGAAGGAUGCUCAUGGCAGCACAUAACCGGCGCAGAAAACCCAGCUGAUGUCAUUUCCCGAGGCUGUUUGCCGUCGGACAUUCUUCGCAAUUCCUUAUGGUGGCAGGGACCAGAUUGGCUGAACCAAGACAAGAGUUCUUGGCCCACUCCGAACGUUGAUAUCGUAACCAGCACUGAUUUUGAAUUGAGAAAAUCCGCAAUCGUUUCCUCUUCAGCGAACAUAGAACCAAGCUUCAUUGAUGACCUCCUGAAACAAUUUGAAAAUUUUCAUGCGCUUAUACGCUUCACCGCAUAUGCGUUGCGCCUCAGCACGAAUUUUCGUCUGCCACAGAGCGAGCGCAGAUUCCAGUGGCUCACGACCGACGAAUUGAGAACAGCAGAACACACGAUUGUCCGACUUAUCCAACAGCAGCAUUUCCCCGACGAGUGGAGAAGGUUGAAAAAAGGCGAGCCGGUAUCGAGUUCUUCGAAGCUGAAGUGGUUCUACCCAAUACUUAGCCAGCGUGAUGACGUCAUGAGAAUCGGUGGGAGAAUUGAUCGAUCAGCACAACCGUACGAAUCAAAACACCAGAUAAUUCUCCCAGGAUCUCACCCCUUCACCGUUCUUUUGCUCCGCUCUUAUCAUCAUCGUCUACUGCAUGCUUCUCCCCAGCUGUUGAUAAACAUGGUCCGGCUCAAGUAUUGGAUUUUGGGUGUGAGAUCAGCCGCUCGGAAAGUUGUCCACCAAUGUAUUGCCUGUGUGAGAGCGCGACCCCAGCUGAUCGAACAGCUGAUGGCCGAGUUACCAGCAUCUAGAGUUUCUCCCACACGGCCGUUCUCUGUUAUUGGUAUCGACUACUGGGGACCGAUUCAAAUCAAACCACGACACCGAAGAGAUGCUCCAGGCAAGGCAUACGUGGCUGUGUUUGUCUGUUUUUCAACGAAGUCCGUCCACCUUGAACUUGUGGUGGACCUCACUACAGCCAAAUUCCUCCAAGCGUUCCGGCGAUUUGUGAGUCGUCGUGGUCUGUGUGCCCAUGUUUACACGGACAACGGUCGCAAUUUUGUUGGUGCGGCAAACGAGCUACGUAGGUUCCUCCGAAGCAACGACUACAAGAGUCAUCUAGCCAAGGAAUGCUCCGAGAAUGGGAUCCAAUGGCAUUUCAAUCCACCGAGGGGAUCUCAUUUCGGAGGUUUAUGGGAGGCAGCGAUCAACUCGGCCCAGAAGCAUUUCGUCCGUGUUUUGGGAAACCACUUGCUGCCCUUCGAUGAAAUGGAGACGCUUUUGGUGCAGAUCGAAGGUUGUCUCAACUCUCGCCCUAUCACCCCUCUGAGUGACGACCCCACUGACUUAGAGCCCCUCACCACUGGUCAUUUUCUCGUCCAAUCGGCGCUUAAGGCAGUGCCCGAUGACGAUUUUCUGUCGGUGCCUACCAACAGGCUGACUCAAAUUCAACUUACCCAGAAGUUGGCGCAAGACAUUUGGAAGAGAUGGCAUGUCGAAUAUUUGGCUACAUUGCAAACUCGAUCGAAAUGGUGUAAGGCUCCCGUUAAAAUCGAAUUGAAUCGUCUUGUUCUCAUCAAGGAUGAGAAUCUCCCUUCCACACAAUGGGCAACUGGCAGAAUCCAUAAGCUUCAUCCCGGGGCUGAUGGGGUGACUCGGGUGGUAACACUGCAGACAGCCAAAGGUUCCAUCGACAGACCGGUUGCAAAGCUCUGUUUGCUGCCGAUCGCAUCAAUGGAUGGCGACAUGAAUGAAGGCGAGAAUUCAUCAAUCAGCAACGAAAUCGAGAAUGGAAAUCAGCAUGAAUGA